AGCGAGGUGUCAUCUGACCCUAAUGGCGAAAAUCACCCGCUCUGGUUUAAAGAUAAUCAACCGGGAAGAGCAUGUAUUAUUUCGAAUCCCUCGUAACUUUUAGAAGGGUCUAAUGUAGCAGAAACCUACCUGCCCCGGUAUACAGCGAAAGCAGGAGUUCACGUUCAUUGCGCGAGUGUAUCUCCAUACACGUGGGCCAGGCUGGCGUCCAGAUCGGCAAUGCCUGCUGGGAGCUUUACUGCCUGGAGCACGGCAUCCUCCCGGACGGCCAGAUGCCCGGCGAAAUGGCCAUUGGAAGCGACAGUUCCUCCAAUACCUUUUUCAGCGAGACCGGAGCCGGAAAGCACGUCCCCAGGGCGGUUUUUGUUGACCUGGAGCCCACCGUCAUUGACGAAGUGCGUACCGGAAUCUAUCGUAAGCUCUUCCACCCAGAUCAGCUGAUCACAGGUAAGGAGGAUGCGGCCAACAACUACGCCCGCGGACACUACACUAUCGGCAGAGAGUUCAUUGACUUGGUAGCUGACAGAAUACGCAAAUUGGCCAACAUGUGUUCCGGCCUGCAAGGUUUCUUGGUGUUCCACAGCUUUGGCGGUGGCACAGGCUCAGGUUUCACCUCACUGCUGAUGGAGCGUCUAUCCGUGGACUACGGCAAGAAAUCCAAGUUGGAGUUCGCCAUCUACCCGGCCCCCCGGAUGUCCACCGCUGUGGUGGAGCCGUACAAUUCCAUCUUGACCACGCACACAACCCUGGAGCACUCGGACUGCGCCUUCAUGGUGGACAACGAGGCCAUCUAUGACAUCUGCCACCGGAACCUGGACAUCGAGCGUCCCUCAUACACCAACCUAAACCGAUUGAUCAGCCAGAUUGUGUCGUCCAUCACCGCCUCCUUGCGUUUCGACGGCGCCCUGAACGUGGACCUGACGGAAUUCCAAACCAAUCUGGUACCCUACCCACGCAUCCACUUCCCACUGGCUACCUACGCGCCGGUGAUCUCAGUGGAGAAGGCCUACCACGAGCAGCUGUCCGUGUCCGAGAUCACCAACUCGUGCUUCGACCCGGCCAAUCAAAUGGUGAAGUGCGACCCGCGCCACGGUAAGUACAUGGCCUGCUGCCUGCUCUACCGUGGCGACGUGGUGCCCAAGGACGUCAACACCGCCAUCAACUCCAUCAAGACCAAGCGCAGCAUCCAUUUUGUUGACUGGUGCCCCACCGGCUUCAAGGUGGGCAUCAACUACCAGCCGCCCACCGCCGUGCCUGGAGGCGACCUGGCCAAGGUACAGCGGGCCGUGUGCAUGCUCAGCAACACCACUGCCAUCGCUGAGGCCUGGGCCCGCCUGGACCAUAAGUUUGACCUGAUGUAUGCCAAGCGCGCCUUUGUACACUGGUACGUGGGCGAGGGCAUGGAGGAGGGUGAGUUCACUGAGGCCCGUGAGGACAUGGCCGCCCUAGAGAAGGACUAUGAAGAGGUCGGCGCCGACUCUGUGGACGACGUCCUAGAGGAAGCGGAAUAUUUUUGAAACUUCACGAGAUGUUCAGGAACUUUGGAUUUGACUGAAAUGGCAAACAUGGAUCGGGGGCUAAAGAGACAUGUGCUCCGCCAACAGAAAUUGACACGAAUGGAUAUUGUUUGAAUUUGGUUUUAAAUGGAAUAUGAAGAAAACUUUGUAAAAUGAAAUUGUAUGUAUUUUGGUGGUCUCGAAAUUCAAAAGGUUCAUUUAAAAAAUGCUGGAGUUGUCAAAACUGAAAUAUUUUGUUUUAAAUGAAAUUGUUAAAAAAAAAAAGUUCACCAAUCAAAUACUGUCUAAUCUGAAAAAGAAAAUUGAAAAGAUACUUACACGUAAAAUGUAAAUAUUGUUAUUUUGUUUUUUUGAGGAAGCUCUAGUUUUUUAUGUCACGUAAUGUGAAAUGAGUAUUUAUCUAAAAGAUGACCAUGUCUUAAAAUUCAGGAAGCCUGAAUUGUUCUCUGUGAAACUGCAAAAAUGGAUCAGGGUGUUCCGCCAA